AUGAAUAAAAUUCAAAUUUUUGCAUCAUCACAAAGAAAUAUCAGCAAUUUUGUUAUUGACAGUACUCUCACAGAAGAACAACUCCAAUUAAGAGAAAGUAUUAGACAAUUCGUAAAGGAAGAAAUAUCACCAAUUGCCGCCCAAGUUGAUCAAACAAACAGUGCUCCAGUCAGAGAUUUGUGGAAGAAAAUGGGUGAUUUAGGUCUUUUGGGUAUUACUAUUGAUCCAGAAUAUGGUGGUACUGGCUUAGGAGUUUUCGAACAUACUCUUGCUGUUGAAGAACUUUCACGUGGUUCGGGCAGUAUUGCAUUGAGUUAUGGUGCUCAUAGUAAUUUGUGUGUUGAUCGUAUUUUCCGUAUUGGUAAUAAGGAACAAAAAGAAAAGUAUUUACCAAAACUUAUUAGUGGAGAACAUGUUGGUGCUCUUGCUAUGAGUGAACCAAACUCAGGUUCCGAUGUUGUUUCAAUGAAAACUAGAGCUGAGAAAAAAGGUGAUAAAUAUAUUUUGAAUGGUAAUAAGAUGUGGAUUACUAAUGGACCUGAUGCAGAUGUUUUAGUUGUUUAUGCAAAAACUGAUAUUUCUGCUGGCUCAAAGGGUAUUACUGCUUUUAUUAUUGAAAAGGGAUUUAAAGGAUUUUCUACUGCUCAAAAACUUGACAAGUGUGGUAUGAGAGGAAGUAACACUUGUGAAUUGGUUUUCCAAGAUUGUGAAGUUCCUGUAGAAAAUGUUUUGGGCAAAGUCAAUGAAGGUGUUAAGGUUUUAAUGUCUGGUUUGGAUUAUGAAAGAUGUAUUCUUGCUGGUGGUCCACUUGGUCUUAUGGAAGGAUGUAUGGAUGUUGUUGUACCUUAUGUACAUGAGAGAAAACAAUUUGGUCAAUCAAUUGGUGAAUUCCAAUUAAUGCAAGGUAAACUUGCUGACAUGUACACCAAACUUAAUGUUUGUCGUUCAUAUGUAUACUCUGUUGCUCGUGCUUGUGAUUUAAGUCCAACAAGUAAGCCAUUGAGAAAGGAUUGUGCUGGUGCUAUUCUUUAUGCAGCUGAGGGAGCAACAUGGUUAGCAUCCCAAGCUAUCCAAACAUUAGGUGGUAAUGGUUACACUAAGGAAUAUCCAGUGGAAAGAAUAUGGAGAGAUGCCAAGCUCUAUGAAAUUGGUGCUGGUACAAGUGAAAUUAGAAGAAUGCUUAUCGGUAGAGAAUUGUUCGAAGAAACUAAAUAA